CGUUACGAGGAAGUCUCCUUGUGGCAGCCUAUUUUUAUUCCUCCCUCUUCCCCAUCAAAAUGGAAAGCCCAAAGGACUCCUAACUGUCAGUUUCCAUUCAUGUACUUUUACUUCUGUUCCCCUUCAAAAAUUUCGGCAACUCUGAAAUAUCUCGUUGCUUGAUUUCUUCGACCUCUGUUUUCUUUCUUCCUUCUCCACCGCAUGGACAGGACACGCUGACGGUGGAUAGAGAGAGUAAAAUACAAGAUCAGAGAUUAAAAGCCGGUUUGAUUACAAUGAGCAGAAAAAGGAGCUUGCUUCUGAACUUUGAAGAUGCAGCUAUUGACUUCUUCAACUAUCUCCACAGGGAGAAGCCCCAAAUUCUCUCCUUUGUUCCUGUGAUUUUUGUUGCUUGGGUUGUUGAGAGAUGGGCAUUCUCUUUGUCCAAUUGGGUUCCUCUUGCGCUAGCUGUGUGGCUAACUAUUCAGUACGGGAACUAUCAACGAAAACAACUUGUGGAGGACUUAAAUAAGAGAUGGAAUCGAUUCGUGUGGAACAAAUCGUCCUCGACACCAUUGGAGCACUGUGAGUGGCUUAAUAUACUAUUGACAGAAGUUUGGUCCAACUAUUUAAACCCGAAGCUUUCAACAAGGUUAUCAGAUAUAGUUGAGAAACGUUUGAAGCUGCGAAAGCCUAGACUUUUAGAAAGAGUUGAGCUGCAGGAGUUUUCACUUGGAUCAAGCCCUCCUUGCUUGGGCCUACAAGGGAUGCAAUGGUUAACUAUUCGUGAUCAGCGAUUCAUUAGACUGGGUUUUGAUUGGGACACAAAUGAAAUGAGUAUUUUGAUGUUUGCUAAGCUUGCCAAGCCUUUGAUUGGAACUGCUAGGAUUGUGGUCAACAGUCUUCAUAUCAAGGGUGAUCUUCUCGUUACCCCAAUUCUGGAUGGUAAAGCACUUCUAUAUUCAUUUAUAUCAGCUCCUGAGGUGGGAAUAGGAGUUGCCUUUGGAAGUGGUGGAAGCCAAUCACUACCUGCUACUGAGUUGCCUGGUGUUUCUUCUUGGCUGGUUAAACUUUUUACUGACACCUUGGUUAAAACAAUGGUGGAACCUCGCCGCCGUUGUAUUGCCUUGCCUACAGAAGACUUAAGAAAAAGGGCUGUUGGAGGCAUUAUAUAUGUUAGAGUGAUUUCGGCAAAUAAACUUUCUAGGAGUUGCUUCAAGGGAAGCCCUUCCAGGAGGCAACUAAAUGGUGCAUCCAAUGGCUUUUCAGAAAACAACUCUGAUGACAGGGAUCUACAGACAUUUGUAGAGGUAGAACUUGAGGAAUUAACCAGAAGAACUGAUGUGAGACUGGGUUCAACUCCUCGUUGGGAUGCCACAUUUAAUAUGGUCUUACAUGAUAAUACAGGAAUUCUUCGUUUCAAUCUCCAUGAGUGUCCUCCUGGCAGUGUGAAGUAUGACUACCUAGCAAGUUGUGAAAUCAAGAUGAGGCAUGUUGAAGAUGAUUCAACCAUAAUGUGGGCAAUAGGACCUGGUUCUGGUAUCAUAGCAAAACAUGCAAAGUUCUGCGGAGAUGAAGUUGAAAUGGUAGUCCCAUUUGAGGGGGCCAAUUCAGGAGAGUUAAGAGUCGGCAUCGUAGUGAAAGAGUGGCAAUUAUCUGAUGGUUCACAUAGCUUGAGCAACUUACGAGCUAGCUCUCAGCAAUCACUUAAUGGUUCAUCAAAUCUUCAAGUAAGAACUGGAAGAAAACUUAGCAUAACUGUUGUGGAAGGAAAGGAUUUUGCUGCAAAAGACAAAUCUGGAAAAUUUGAUCCGUAUGUAAAAUUACAGUAUGGAAAGAUUGUCCAUAGAACAAGGGCUGCUCAUACUUCAAAUCCUUUGUGGAACCACACCUUUGAAUUUGAUGAGAUCGGUGAUGGUGAAUAUCUAAAAGUAAAAUGCUUUAAUGAAGAUACUUUCGGAGAUGAAAACAUCGGCAGUGCGACAGUAAAUUUGGAAGGACUGGUGGAAAGGUCAAUCAGGGAUGUAUGGAUUCCUCUUGAAAGAGUUAGUUCUGGAGAAUUAAGAAUUCAAAUAGAAGCAGUUAGGGUGGAGGAUCAAGAAGGAUCACGGGGUUUAGCUUCGGGCUCAGGCAACCGUUGGCUUGAGCUUGUUCUGAUUGAAGGAAGGGAUCUUGUUGCUGCUGAUCUCAGAGGGACAAGUGAUCCCUAUGUGAGGGUACAUUAUGGAAACCUGAAGAAAAAGACAAAGGUUAUACCUAGAACUCUUAACCCUAAAUGGAACCAGACCUUAGAGUUUCCUGAUGACGGGAGCCCCCUAUUGCUAUACGUUAAGGACCACAAUGCUUUACUACCGACAUCCAGUAUUGGCGAAUGUGUGGUCGAAUAUCAAAUGUUGCCUCCAAACCAGAUGGCUGACAAGUGGAUACCUCUUCAAGGGGUCAAAAAGGGAGAAAUCCACAUCCAAAUUACCAGAAAAGUCCCGGAGAUGCAAAGGAGACCCAGUCUAGAUGCUGAACCUUCCUUGAGUCAUUUACACCAAAUUCCUGCCCAGAUCAAAGAGAUGAUGGUAAAGUUUCGAUCUUUGAUAGAGGACGGGAAUAUUGAGGGACUUUCUACAACUUUGAGUGAGCUGGAAACAUUAGAGGAUACGCAGGAAGCUUAUAUAGACCAGCUGGAGACAGAGCAAAUGCUUCUUCUCAGCAAAAUAAAGGAACUAGGCCAGGAGAUCAUUAAUUCUUCUCCUUCUAUGACCAGAAGAUCCUCUGGAAAUUGACCUUCUACUUCCUUCUAAGCAAGUUCUUUCACACGUGUAAUGUUGCUUUAUGGUGACUGUGGGUGGUAGAUUUUGUUGUACAUGUUUCAAGAGACUAGUAAUUUAGUAGUGAGUCUUCUUUGAAUUAGACUAUAAUUAUUCAAAUACUGUAAAUGUAAAGCAACGAAUUAAUAAGAUGAUGCGUAUUCCAUAGAUAGCUUAUAUAAUUUUACUCAGGUUGAUUGAGUAAGCUUAA